AUGGCCUUCCGGGCAUCUCUCGCUGCCCCCCAAAACUUCGCGUCGACAUCCACGUUUGGCUCCGCCCUCGGGUCCACCAAUGGCAGCAAGUUUGGCAAGCAGGCGCAGGCCGCGUCGAAGCCCGCGGUGGUCCUCGACCUCCCCGCUCUGCAGGCAGCCAGUCGUGUUCUGCUGGAACAGCUCACGAAGGACGCGCAGAUGAUCCCCGACCUCGGAGACAUGAUAACCGGGAUGCCCUCUUCUUCCUCAUACACCGUGUUCCCGGACGAUUACCGCGCCCCAUUCCAGAAGCGGAGACACAUAGGUAUUCCGGAGAGUCUAUGGCAAUAUUACACAUCCACACAACUCGCCACGCACAUGGGUCUGCUGCCCGAGAUUGAGCGGGUGUGGAUUGCCAUUGACCACAAUCUCUUUUUGUGGGAUUAUGUGGAAGGCCAAGAGCUCAGCUCGUACGUCGACCAACCCGACGUGAUCACGAAUGUGGCACUGGUGAAGCCUAAGAGUGGGGUGUUCAUCGACGACAUUACCUCCCUUUUGGUCAUAUGCACUCCCAUCACGGUUCUCCUCAUUGGCGUCUCAACGCAUCCAGUCCCUGAAAUCAAGCUGUACGCCACUGACAUGUCCAUUGCAUGUGACGUCGAAAUGACUGCCGUUAUUGGGACACCAGACGGCCGCAUCUUCAUGAACGGUUCGCAAGACGGCCAUCUGUAUGAGCUGCAUUAUCAGGAGAAGGAGGGCUGGUUUGGUAAAAGAGUGCAGCUGAUCAACCACUCAGUUGGUGGGGUGCAAAGUCUACUACCAAUGUUGGGUUCAUCCAACGCGGAAGACGGAAUCGCGGACCUCAUCGCAGACCCGGCCCGAAACUGCUUCUACACUCGGACGUCCAACAACACUAUUUCAAUCUGGCGAACCAACGGCGAAAAGCACGUCCAGCUCGUACAGACUCUGUCCAACCUUUACAAAGCAGCGCAAGACAAAGUUCCUGGAUCACCUGCGCUGACACCUCAAAGCUUCAAGAUCAUUGCACUCCACGUUGUCGAUCCCAGCGAGUCGCGAGCCGGUGUUCAAUUGGUGGCCGUAACGAAGAACGGUGUGCGACUAUACUUCUCGCCCUCGUCGUAUGGUAUGGGAUAUGGAUGGGGCUCGACCAAUAACACGGGAACACGACCACUCUCCCUCGUUCACGUUCGCCUUCCGCCUCCCAACCUCAUUCAUCCAGAUGAGCAAGGUCGCAGUUCCAGAAUACUCACGGCUCAGUCAGCCCCUCCUCGUCCUUAUAUCCUUUCCAGUCUCGGCAUGUCAUGCUACGAACUCGGUGUCGACAUUGCCGUCCAGACAGCAGAUGUUGCGGACACCGACUACAUCCUAUGCAUAUCCCCAGACCUCACACAGAUCGCACAAAUGGGACAGGGGCAGGUGCCGACAAUCCAGCAGGCCCAUCCCGCCUAUGGUGCGGCUCCGGGGCCCAGCCGCAUUCCCCUUACCGAACGCGCAACACUUCUGCCGAUUGCUGGAAUUACGUGGGCCAUCGCGCCAGCUCCUCGUUCGAAGUACUCGCUGGUAACAUCCGCGCCUGCUAACACACCAACACCCUUGGUCACCAACGAACUGGCUACCCAGUUCACUGAGCCAGCUCGUCAGUAUAUCAUCCUCAACAAUGGCGGACUUCAUUGGAUCGUCAAGAGGAGGGCGGUCGACGCAGUUAAAGAUGCUAUCGAGGAGUUCCAAGUCGAGAGGAAUCCACAGGCUCUUGUUGCAUUCCGCGAUAGCCUAUGCACCCCACUUAACCUGUGGCAGUUAUGGCGCGACCAGACAUGUGCCAUGCUACUUGCCAUUGCGAGCGGAAACACUUUCCUCGACCCCAUGGAGCAGUCGCCUGUCGGUGCGAUGAGUCGCGUUAGUCCGGAACUUGCAAGCGUUGCCAGGCAAGCAUUCUAUGACUUCGGUGACCGGCCAGGCUGGACAGAACGCGUCACAUAUGGCACGGCCGAUGCUUCGGGAACUGCGACGUUCAGUGGCAGACGUGAAGGUUUUGCUCUGUACCUUGCGCGCCUCGUCCGUCCCUUCUGGAAGGUCCUCAUCACCAAGGCUGGCCCUGGUGGUCUGCAGGAUCUGAAUGUACCGGAUGACGUGCUGGUCACCGCACAGAAGAACCUUCACGCGCUGAAGGAACUUCUCGAUACCAACCCGUAUCUGUUCCACUCCGCUCCUGGAGACCACACCGGGGCUCGUUCGGCGUCUGUCAGUGAGCAAGAAGCGUGGAAGUUCGGUAUCCCAGUUGCUAAUCUGCUCAGCCGUGCGAUUGAAGCCAUCUCGUUCGUGCUGCUACUCAGCGACCAUAAGCUGGGCGAGUUGAUCUCUCAUUGCGAGCCUGACAUGCAAAAGCUUGUUAGCUCGUUGACCUUUGAGGACCUUAUCGCUGCCGACAAGGGCGUAACGGUUGCUCGUGCGCUUGUCAACGUCAUCAUCAACCAGCAGAUUGGCCAGCAGAUCAGCGUCGAUACCAUCAGCGAAGUCUUGCAACAACGGUGUGGAUCGUUCUGCAGCACGGACGACGCGCGCGAGAACGUUCGCAAGGCAGUAGAGACUCGCAAUCCAGUGGAGCGUCAGACCUUGCUUGGAGAGUCCCUUCGCCUCUUCAUGAAGGGCGCUCGCAACCUGGAGUUCGAGAAGCUGCAGGAGAUCUGUGGGGACUACCAGCAACUCAGCUAUGCCAAAGGGGCCGUCGAACUGCCACUGCAUUGCGCGCAGGCUCGUGACACCGACCUCCAGGGACAAGAGUACUGGAUCGCGGGAUGCCCUGCCAACGAUCCCCGUGCAGCCUUGUGGGAAUCGCGUCGGCAAUGUUAUGAGCUCGUCUUGGACUCUCUGUCUGUCUUUGAGGAGCGCAGUGCACCGGGGAAGCAAAGCGUCAAGCAAAUCGACGAUCCGGAAACCGUCAGAGGGCAUGCCUACGAGCUGGCUUUUGCCAGUGAGGACGAGAUGUUCCACUCCACCCUGUACGAGUGGUUGAUCGGCCGUGGCAUGGCGGACGAACUUCUUGAGAUGCGGCCAGCUUACCUCGAAGCGCAUCUGAGGCGCGAACCGAUCACGGUGGAGAAGUUCCAGUUCUUGUGGCAGUUCUAUGUCAAGGAUGGUCAGCCGUUACGCGCCGCGGAAGUCCUGGGUAUCCUCGCGGAAUCGACAGACUUCAACUUGUCUCUUGAGGCGAGACUUGAAUACCUGACGCUCGCCGUCAGUAACGCCAAGUCGCAUCCUGUAUCCGUCGGAGGCAGACACGAGACGGCCAUUGCCUUCCUCACGGACCUCGAAGAGAAGCUGGAGGUUGCGCAAGUGCAACUGGAAUUGCACAAUACACUGUCGCCACGACAACUCGAGCCCGACGUCGCAGAUCGGUUCAAGGCGCUGUCGUUCCGACUGUACAAUAUCACAGAGCUCUACCAGCUAUUCGCCGACCCCUUGGACCUCCCUCUUGUCAAGCUGCUUAUCCUCCACGUAUCAGAGCACCGUGACGAUAGCAUUGUUCGCCCGAUAUGGAACAAGAUCUUCGAAGAAGAAGCGGAUGCACAGACGGCGGCAGAUCGGAUUGUGGCCACGGUCAUCCCUCUGGGACAACGUUUUUAUCCUUCAGAGAGUGCAUUCCCGCUUCAACAUGUCGCUUCGCUACUCGUGCGAUUCUCCUUGGCGCACAAGGGCGAUAUCCCGUACGGGUGGGCACCACGGAUACUUGUCAAGUGCGGCGUUCCAUUUCCAGAAGUCUGGGACAUCUUGCAUGAGAUGUACGAGUCACAGGUGCCGCCUUUCAAUGAGCAAGCGAAUGUACAGGCGAUUUCUUCCGACAUCGCAGUGCUUCUAAGCGACUGGGUCGAUGAGGCCAAGCGACCUCAGUCUGCGGCCGCGCGCGAUGAGUUCCCUGUGUUCCGUAUAGACCAGGCAGUGGAGCAGUAUCUAACCGAAGUAGAGCCCAGUCGAACGGAAACAAAAGUCACGUACGAGGCGAUCAAGCGACAGCUUAGACGCCAUUGGUAG